AUGGAAACCAUCACUGAAAUCAUCCCAUUCACUAAGGAGAUGUUAAGCCAAAGGCCUGGCUGGGGGAUGCUGAAGAUCUACAUGCUGGGCUCCACUCUGGCAAUGCUCGGAGCAAUCAGUUGCCUGGUGGAAACAGUUCUUCUGCCUUUUGCUGAGUGGGAAGAGUCAGCAAAAGUCACACCAUCAAAGCUGAUCUUGGAGAAGAGGGGGGAAAAAUCACAUCCUACCUCAGUUCAGCCUGAAGUUGUGGACAAGCCUGAGACAGAACUGAUGAAGGACAAUGGCAAACAUCUGACGGAUCUUGUGAACAGAAGCUUGAUAAACCGAUCACAUGCAACAUAA